AUGGCAGCUGGGAAUAAUCCUCCGGGUCCUGUGUUGGGCUAUGGAUCGAGAGCUGCUGAGCCGGCUUCGUCUAUCCUGGCGACACACCUCGCCCCGCGCCUAGCAUCCCAAGGGCAAGGGCAUGAAGCACACCGACUAUCCCGAGAAGCAUUCUCACAACUUCGUGAAGAACUAUUGGGAGAAAGACACAGCCAAGUACGCGUGGAUGAGGGUAUCACCGAUAUUAACAAAUUAGUAUGCAUCGUGCUCAAGGCGGGCCUCGAAGCAAGUCCUGCCGAUAGCACCCCCGAAGAGGACCUGGAAGGACAAGUCCAGGAUUGCCUGGAUAUCAUCCUCGCCAGCAUUGAGAAGGCUCCGCAGGCUCUCUGGGAUACCUCUGACCCUCUCAUCUUAGGCGAGGAUGUUCAUGCACCUCUGUUCGCAUGGCUCAUUCUGCGCCUGAUCAGAUUAGCCGGCAUGUGGAGUUCCAGAGGAAUCCAGCAAAAGAUUCACAUGGUCUUGAAUAGCAUGGCAUGCCAUCAAUACAGACAAUCCCGGCCAUCACCAUCACAUAAUGCCAUUUCGGCCUUUCUUCGAGCUUGCAUGUCAGACAUAUUGUGUUCGCUGGAAGCCUUCCAGGAUGGUGGUUAUUUACGAAAUCUUCGUUCUCUUAAACUAACCAUGCCGGCGGCCACUGGGUCUAUUCUGUUGGAUUUAGAUACCUUGAAUGUCCCCCGUGCGUUGUUGAAGAAACAUAUCGCGCUUGGGUCGUUUUCUCAAGCAGCUUCUCUGGCUUUGAGUCUUUUGAAUUCCGUUAGCCCCAACACAAUGGAUCAGAGUGCUACAAAGCGUCCCAAUUUCGCACUCCAUCAGAACCUCCCGUGGGCGAUGAAUGGGGUAACCCGUCUACGAAAGGUCCUUGUCAGAUGGAUACAAAACUCGGGGGUGGAGGUUGCUCUGGCCGAAGAGCAUGUCUUCAUGCAAUUCCUGGCCUUGACACACCGUCUAUGUGUUUCCAAGUCACCUUCAAAUUCCAUGAUGGCCGAUAUGAAUUUAUCCUUCACCUGGUCUCAGUGUCUGAGCGAAUUCAUGUUCCUCAGUGUAACCCACCGGCUCUCGGCUCUCCAGAUCGAUAUUAGCCAGAUUUUGGAUGAGACAGCAGUAACGAUAAAGUCAUCUGCGAUAUUUGCACAGCAAUUGAAAGAACUGCUUCUUCCUGCUCUGACUGAUGUCCAGGGCAAAGACUCAAACUCCCGGUCUAUUGAGAAUUGUUUCUGGAAUUCUGUCAAUGCUCUGCAAUCCGACCUUCUGACUGUAGCGAAAUCAACCCACCCUCUUUCUGGUACUGCCUCGGCGCCUAUAGAGGUCGACCCAUCUACAGCUAGUCAACGACCUGGUCCCAUGGACCAAAGUCUGGAGCCAGAUCCAGAAAUACGAGCACCCAAACGAUUAUGUCUGCCUGCUGAACCGUCCGUCCACAGCCUGACUCAAUUGCUUCUAGAACGGCUUUCCUUUUUGUUAGGUUGCGAUAAGGUACAGAAUUUAGGUGGUCUAUACGCUGCUAUGGGUGGGCUUCCCGAGCCCCAAAAGGCUGAUUUUUGGGAAGCUUUCGGCAAACUUCCCUGUCUCAUGGCAGGCGCCUCGAUACAAAAACCAUCAAACCUCAUCGCCCAUGGCAAUUAUUCUUGCCAUGUAUGUGAUGAUGAACAGAAUCGACUCGAAAUCGCGCCGGACAAUAGUCUCUUUGACUAUGAGAACGUGUGGAAUAUAUUUGAUUUGGUCUUACCAAAGCUCACACGCACCCCUGGUCCACGAGUGGCUGCCAUGAUUGCUCUCAGGCGAAUUUUGAUGCAUUCGCCUAGUUUAGACCAGACACAUCUUUCGUCUUCUCCUUGUGGGGAAUUUUGUCUGCAUUCCCUUCGCAGUUCCAUUCGAGAGCUUCGAGUUGCAACAGCGUACACGGUGGUGGCCUUCGUGCGUCGAAACUUUCCUUUGGAAGUCCGUCGAGCAAAUUUUGUGAUCCUUCUGGAAUGGCUUAAAAAUCUUGCUGAAAAAGAUGAAAUGCCUUUACAGGAGACAUGUGUUCUGUCACUGAGUCGGCUUGCAAGGAUGUCGGAUGAUGAUGAGAAAAAUAUCAUCCUGCUACGUCUCAUAGAGUACCUGGGUCAUCCAAACCCUUAUGUCUGUGCGACAGCAUACAACGAGCUAUAUAAACUUGCACAAUAUUUUGCCUUGACACCCGCUGGAUUAUUUCGACCUUACUGGAGAACCCUUUCCGUGGCAGUUGUCAAAAAUCUCCAGUCGCGCCCACAUAUGGCUGAGCAGCUUUGUGAUCUUCUUGGUAUGAAGGUCGAUGGCUUCCUACGGUUGACAGAAGUCUAUGUUCUCCCAUAUCUUGUCUUGACCAGAAAACGGGACAUCAUCUCCAGAAUUGGAGCAACCCGUAAUGAAGGCGAAUCUCCAUUUGACGUCUGUUCUGAAAAGAAUAAUCUUGCAGCAAUUCUUGCUUUCCUCCUAGCCCAGCAAUCUGAUAACCCCGAAGCCAUGAUCAUGUCCCUUCUUGCAGAUAUCGAUCCUGCAUUCAGAGGCCGAACACUGGCUGAAUUAGUGCGGAUUGAACCAAUUCUCAUUGCUUGUGAUUUGCUCAAGAGUCUCGGUGAUGCCGGUGACCAAAAUAAAGAGAGAUUCCAUCAAGCGCUUCAACGUCUGGCGAUCUUUGUGCCGCGAAAAUUUUCGCAUGGCAGUUCCUUGAAAAAAUCAGAUCUGUUGAGUCAUUUCAUUGAGGAGCAUGUUUUGGGAAUAAUCACCCAAUUUGCCAAUGCAAUCAAUGACUUUCAAGUUAGACAAACUUUGGCUGAAAAACGAAGAAACUUGAAGGCCAUUGAAGAAAUGAUCAAUAUUGCGCAAGGUCAUGUCAGUAAUGCUUUACCUCAGGUCUGCGCCUGUCUACGGUCUGCACUUGAAAUUGAAGAAUUGUGCGACCAUGCAUUCUCGGCCUGGAAGACAUUAAUUAGUUCUCUCAACGAGGAAGAUAUUGAACCCCUGAUUGAUCAAACCUGGGCAAUCGUGAUCAGAUACUGGGAACGACUAAUGGAGGAAAGCAAGAAACAUGCUUAUCAGCUCAUUGACCAUAUUUUAACGAAUCACCCAAGCCUUGUACGUGAUACAUUUAACACCAUGCCCUCACUGGCGUCCAUCCCUGAAAUGGCGGUUUUGGAUCACAAGAUCAACGAUUUACGGGCCCAAAUGGACGUCCGAAGUCAAUUUCUAGCGCUCAUUCGCCGCUGUCAAAGCGAGAAUGCCACCGUCGUUGAACAGACUCUCACAGAAUUGAUCCCUUUCCUGUCGGAGAAUGAGGAUUUUCUUCAUAUUUCUGUCCUCAGCGAACAGCCUGAUCCUGUAAUUGCUCAGUUGACGAGAGCACUACUAGACUGCUGCGUCAAAUUCAACACUAGUUCCGACUGCAUUACUCUGCUUUCAGCCCAGUGUUUAGGUCUCAUUGGCUGUCUGGAUCCAAAUCGAGUGGAAACUAUCAAGGAGAAAAUGGAUAUCCUUGUGUUGUCUAAUUUCGACCGAAUGGAAGAAACUGUGGAAUUCAUUCUUUUCUUUCUCCAGAAUGUACUUGUUGAAGCCUUCUUAUCUGCGUCUAACACACGAGCACAGGGGUUUUUGGCAUACGCCAUGCAGGGUCUUCUCAAAAUCUGCAAACUCAACGUGGUUGCCACCCAACGGACUCGCGAUAUUCAAGGAGAUGAAAAGUAUCAACGAUGGAUGGAGCUUCCGGAAAGUGUUCGCAAUACACUCACGCCAUUCCUCACUUCAACAUACACAGUUACUGUUGUUGCAAAUAGCUCGAAAGCGAAGUACCCCUUGCUAUCCCCCCAAGUCACACAUAGCGAGUGGCUUCGAAGUCUAGUGCAAGAUCUACUUCAAACAGGCAACGGCGACAACGCAAAGCUUGUAUUCGCAGUAUGCAGUCGUGUCGUCAAAGGCCAAGACAUCUCCAUUUCCUCAUUUCUUCUACCUUUUGCAGUUUUGAACCGUAUCGUUGGGGGUACCGAGCAGGAGCUACAGAAUCUCCAACAGGAAUUGAUGAAUGUUCUUUCUCAUCCACUUCCCGAAACGAACAAUCAUGUCCGGGAAACGAUCAUCAGCUGCAGUCAGAGUGUCUUUGCGGUCCUGGACUACCUUUCGCGGUGGCUUCAGGGUAAAAAGAAGGAAUUGAAUAGCCCAAAUAAUCAGUCAUAUCACUCAAGCCGAUCCCACAAAGAACCAGGCCGAGAUCCUUUGCAAGAAAAAUACGCAUCUCAAAUCAAAUCUGUGGAAACCCUACUUGCUUCAAUUCCGCCUGAAGUCAUUUCAAAACGAGCUGUAGAAUGCAAAUCAUUUUCCAGGGCUCUUUUCCACUGGGAGCAAUACAUCCGCAAAUGCAGAUCACAAGUGACUACAAGUGAGCUUUCCAGCACUGAGGGACUGUACCAAAGGCUGCAGGAUAUCUACAGCCAAAUUGAUGAACCGGAUGGAAUUGAAGGCAUUUCAAGCCACUUGCCCGCGCUUAAUAUUGACCAGCAGGUCUUGGAGCACCGGAAGGCCGGAAGAUGGGCAACUGCUCAAAGUUGGUAUGAAUUGCAGCUUGAGAAGGAACCAGACAAUGGUGACGCUCAGUGGAAUCUUGUAACUUGCCUAAAAGAAUCCGGCCAACAAGAUGCAAUCUUGACUCGUUUUGAGGUCCUUAAGUGUAACAAGUCCGCUGCUACUCGAUUUUUGCCAUUUGCAGUAGAAGCAUCAUGGAUAACCGGCAGAUGGGGCAAGCUACAAGAAUAUCUAGAGUCAUGCGCGGAGCAAGCGGCCGGCGACUUCAAUGUUGGUAUCGGAUCGGCUCUCAAUUGCCUUCGACAAAACGAUUCCGAAAAAUUCGCAGAAAUCAUCAGCAAGCUCAGGCUCAGCAUAGCAAAGUCAUUGACAGUUAAUUCCGCGGGCUCUUUACAGUCGUGCCAUGACGAUAUGCUCCGGCUACAUGCAUUGGCGGAUAUGGAAGCGAUAGCCAAGGCACGAGGUCCCAAUUCUCAGUUACCUUCAACCCUUUUGGAUGCCUUGGAUCGACGUUUAGAUGUGUUAGGCGGUUAUCUUUCCGAUAAGCAGUACCUUUUGGGACUUAGACGAGCUGCAAUGGAACUAGCGGGCGAUUUUGGCCACUCUGAAAUUUCGGCUGCCUGGAUCACUAGUACUCGCUUAUCGCGAAAGGGCAAUUUUACUUAUCAAGCUUAUCACUCGAUGCUUAAUGCAGCUCGGUUGAAAGAUCGGGAAGCUACGAUUGAGCACGCCAGACUUCUUUGGAAAGAUGGACACCACCGAAAAGCCAUUCAAACCUUGGAAGGCGCAAUAUCUGCCAAUGAAUUGAACUCAACCACAUCUGGUGCAGUCGAUUCUGAGUCGGUCUCGUUCCUUUCAGGUCGUGGGCAACAUCAAAACGAAACCGCUGCUCGGGCACACCUCUUGUUGGCAAAAUGGACAGACAGAGCAGGUCAAACCCAUUCCCAAGCAAUCGUUCAACGAUAUCGCGAAGCUAUCAAACUGUAUCCGAGGUGGGAAAAGGCGCACUACUAUUUGGGAAAACACUACAACAAGAUCCUUGACUCUGAAAAAUCCAAACCAAUGGGCAAAGAAGCUCAAAUCUAUCUGAGUGGAGAGGCCACAAAGCUUGUGAUUGACAACUAUCUUCGUUCGUUAACCUAUGGAAGCAAAUAUGUAUUUCAGACGCUGCCAAAACUUUUGACCCUUUGGCUAGAACAUGCCUCUAUCGUGGACCAGCCAAUUGAUCCAAAACGAGGGGACAAUGAAGAAUUUCAACGACACACCAAAGCCCAGCGACAAAAGAGCUUGGAUGAAAUGCAUUCUCAACUCAAAAAAUACAUUUCUUCUCGCCUGCAACCUGCUCUACUGUUCACGAUAUUACCUCAGGUGGUGGCUCGAAUUUGCCACCCAAACAGCACUGUGUACGAUUUACUGACGCGAAUUGUGAUUAAAGCCGUCCAUAACUUCCCGCAGCAAGGCCUUUGGACAGUCCUUGCGGUCGUCAAGUCUUCUAACAAAGACCGAGCCCUCAAGGGUCAAAUUUGUCUCACCAAAAUCCAAGAAUACAGCAGCAGGCACAAGACCGACUCGAAACAUCUAGACAUCCGCCGUAUGGUCCAUCAAGGUCAGAGAUUCUCAGACGAGUUGUUGCAGUUGUGCCUGGCACGUGUUGAGGACAGGGUUUCGCGAGUAAAUCUCGCUCGCAGUUUAGGAUUCAACCAUAAAGUUGCCCCAUGUCGCCUGGUCGUGCCAUUCCAGGCAAUGUUGAUACCUAGUCUCCCUGCCAGUCAUGACUCUGAAUACUUGAAAGGGUUUCGGCCCUUCCCACGAGACCCAACCACAAUAGAGGCUGUCUUGGACGAAGCGCAGAUCUUGAACUCCCUUCAAAAACCUCGCAAGAUCAGCAUCCGGGGAUCGGACGGAAAAAUUUAUAACGCACUUUGUAAACCUAAGGAUGAUUUACGGAAGGACCAACGUCUCAUGGAGUUCAACAAUAUGAUUAAUCGGUUCUUGAAACGAGAUGUCGAGUCAAGCAAGCGACGCAUGUACAUCAAAACUUAUGCGGUAACUCCUUUGAACGAGGAAUGUGGUCUCAUCGAAUGGGUCGACAAUCUCAGAACACUGAGGGAUAUCAUCAUCAAAUUGCUGCGUGAAAGAGGAGUCUCGCCGAAUUACAACGAGAUCAGGCAUCAUUUGAAUGAUAUUUGUGCAGAUCGGUCAUUUUCCAAGCUUUCUCUAUUUACCACAAAGGUCCUAGCAAAACUCCCUGCUGUUCUUCAUGAAUGGUUCAUCGAGAUGUUUCCUGAGACCGAAUCCUGGUUCACAGCAAGGCUACGCUAUACGCGAUCUUCGGCCGUAAUGUCAAUGGUUGGAUAUGUCCUAGGUCUGGGCGACCGACAUGGCGAGAACCUGCUGUUUGAAGAAGGAACAGGUGGCAUUUUGCAUGUCGAUUUCAACUGUCUAUUCGACAAGGGACAAACAUUUGAGAAACCAGAGGUUGUUCCAUUCCGCCUAACACAUAACAUGAUUGAUGCAUUUGGUUCCUACGGAUACAACGGGCCCUUCCGGAGGACCUGUGAAAUCACCCUUGGCCUCCUACGACAGAACGAAGAUGCGUUGAUGACCGUUCUUGAGACUUUCUUGCAUGACCCCACCACAGACUUCAUUGGGAAACGACGUCGGAAUCACAGUAAUUUCCCUGAUACUCCAGCGGGCGUACUCGAGGAUGUCCGGAACAAGCUUCGUGGUUUCAUGUCAAAACAGCCUAUUCCACUUUCCGUGGAUGGGCAGGUCGAUGAACUUAUUAUGCAGGCAACCGACAAGAAAAACCUUGCUUCGAUGUAUAUAGGGUGGUGCGCGUUCUUUUAG